AUGAGACAGACGCGAAAUACUCUGUAUUCUGUAUUAUUCAUUGGAUUGUAUUUCGUUGGACUAUCAUUGGCAGAAACAUUUGUACAACUGGAUGAAAUAGCAGAUAUUGUUCCGAAUGUAACGAAAGCACGAAUUGAACCUAAUUUUGAACGACAUGGACCAAAGUCGAGUUAUUAUUACACCCAGAACAAGAAGUAUAAUCAACCACCUCCAAUCGCAUUUGAAACAUUUAAUAAAAGUUCGUAUGAUAUUCAAAAGGAAUUGCAUAUACCAACGCAAUUUAGAAUAAAAUAUUACGGUGAAGAGUAUGGAUCAGUUGGUUUAUUGGCGACAGGUGCCUUAGUCAUUGGAUCAUUAGAUUAUCCUAGCGCGAAUAUGAGAAGAAUAAAAACAUUUCCUGGAAGAGCAAAGGGAAUCAAAGUGGAAAUAAUUGAUGAGAAGAGUUUAUUAGCAAUUAAAUGGUUGGAUUUAACAGUUAUCAAUGAAUCUGGGGAAGAAACAGUGGAAAAUGUCGAGGUUGUCUGUGUCAUAUACCCCAAUGGAAAUAUAUUGAUUUACUUCGAGAAGAUACCAGAAGAAGUUGAAAGCGCAGAUGUCAGAGUGACUGUUGAAGAUGGUUUAGAUUUUGUGACAGGGAGUGGUAGAAAGCUUAUGAUAUCAUAUGGCACAGAUAAAUCACUUUGGUUUGCGCUGAAAAUGCGUAUGCUGAUGGAAUUCAUUCCAAAUCCAAACAUUUGCUCUGUACAACGAUCGUUUCAACAGUGCACGAAUGCAUCAACAGAAGACGUCACCUGUUAUUGGUGUGAAAUUGCUGGUUUCUGUAGCAAUGGUUGUGAUUCUAAAUACCUGUUGUGGCAAAAUCCACAUUGUGAUGUAAAUGUUACAUCACCUUGUUUACUUGCAUUUGAGGAUGAAUCACACGUCAUAUAUCAUCAAACUCCACAUCCUGCUGAAGAAGAUUCGAUUCAAUUGAGUGAUGUUCGCUCAUUUUAUACAACUUAUACAAUUUCAGAUUUUAGAACUACCAACCCUCGUUUAUUUUUAUUUAUUCUAAUACCAACUGCAUUAAUUUUCAUUAUUAUGACAAUCUCGUGUGGUUUAUGGCUAUUGGUGGGGAGAAGAAGGCCGAGGGACAGUACUCAAAAAGCUGCUACAACAAUCAUAUACGAUUUGAAACGUGGAGGCAAAAUAUAAAUCAUUAUCAAAGUGUACAUUUGUAUUCAGGAUUCAUUUUAUUUAUUUAUUUAUUCACUUAUUUUUCAAUCUUAUUUUAUUAUUACUUCAUCUUAACAGUAUUAGAACCAAAUGACUAUUAUUAUUAUUAUAGUUAUCAUUAUUAAUAUUAUCAUUUCAAACAGAGUGACUAUAGACGAUGCA